AACGAAACUUGUUAACAGUGGGAUAACGGCAAGGUUAACGUAUAGAUACUAAAAGUAGUUUGGGAUUACAAUAUGAAAAGUUCUAAAUGAAGGGGCACAACGUAAAAAAUUGAAAUUUGAAGGGUUACCAUAGAAUUUUUUUUUUCUUUUUUUUUUUUUUGGUGGAGCACAAGCGGAAGGUAAAGUUAGAAGCAUUAGGUUUUCACUGCACAUAAAAUUAAAGUCUCUCUGUAAAGAAGUUGGAUUCUUCACUCUGAUCGGAAAAUGGACCGUCGAAUAGCAGUUUGUUUUGCAAUCCUCACUCUGAUUAUGAUAGUCUCUAUUUCCGCUGCUUUCCAGAUUGAUGAAGUGGUGAGCAAGAAGCAUUUAAUCACAACAAAAUCUCCCUUCUCUACUGCACUUGAAACCCUCCAGAAGCAGAUUAACUAUACUUUUCAUCGCAUUGAUCUUCUUCGACGUGCAAUGACCCAUGCUUCAUUUUCUGAGGAGAACAACCGAGCACUAAGCAUUCUAGGCACGAGCAUCAUAGAAACAUCUGUGUCCUUUAGGUAUCUUCUAAAUGAUAUGGAUAUUUCUUCAAAAACUCUAAAUCGUGUGAUAGCAGAGGCAUGUAAUGUGGAGUCCUCAUGUGCUGUGGAUGGGAUGCGGUUGGGAUUGCACAAAAUAGUCAGAGUCUCUCUCAAUACCAAUUCUACCACUCCUGCCAUAGUCUGUGGUGCUUUCCGUGCAAUAUUUGCUGCUGUUGCUCUCGACUCUGGAAAGUCUGAUGAUGCUUCAAAAGUGUUCUGGAAUGUCCAUACUCGUACAGGUGAAAUGGCUGCUGCAUUUUAGGUAAGCCUCAGAACUAGUGGUGACUGCAUCCUACUAUGAACUCAUGUUAUAUGAAUCAUUUGUUAGGGUGAUGGUGUUUAUAUAUCGUAUUAACUUUAUGUAUGCUCUAGAAUUAGAAUGGCUCAAUAACUCUGCUACAUAUAUGUAUUGCUCCUAGGGAGGCUAACAGAGUUUAUCAAUGGUUGUUAAUAUAAGUAUGGUUGUUUUAUAUGUGGAUCCAAGUUUGCGUUUUAUUA